GCCUGCAGUACUCAUCAUCACGACCAACUUCAGUUCAAGCUGCACGGGCAGAGUAGACGCCUGUCUGGAUGGAGGGCAAGUCGUCCACUUGAUUUGUAGGAGUACCCGUGGCUCGCGGCGUGACCGGCAUUUGGGGACGUAAUUAGUUAUUUGCAUUUUUUUACGGAAAAGGGGCUCAAGUUAGAGUGUUAUUCCAGCGAUGUUAUUAUGAUAACGUUACCACACAGCCAGUGUGAUUUGCUAUGGUGAUACCACAAGCUAGCAGAGGGAUUGUUUGGGAGAUACCUUUUUGAGACUCGUACGCUGACACAUGAAUUAGACGCCUUUGUGAAUUUUCAUCAAGCUGGAACACAAAGGGGGAUGUCUAGCCAAGGAGUUAGGAGAAAUGGCCCAGUAAAGCUGCGGUUGACAGUCCUGUGUGCAAAGAAUCUGGCAAAGAAAGACUUCUUCCGGUUGCCUGAUCCCUUUGCCAAAGUGGUGGUGGACGGCUCAGGACAAUGCCACUCUACAGAUACUGUGAAAAAUACGCUGGACCCAAAGUGGAAUCAACAUUAUGACCUAUACAUUGGAAAGGCAGACUCAAUCACCAUCAGUGUAUGGAACCACAAGAAGAUCCACAAAAAGCAGGGUGCAGGUUUCCUGGGCUGUGUCCGCCUCCUGUCCAACGCCAUCAACAGACUCAAAGACACUGGCUAUCAGAGACUGGACCUGAAUAAGCUGGGCCCCAAUGACAAUGAUACUGUGAGAGGACAAAUAGUUGUAAGUCUUCAGUCCAGAGAUCGCAUUGGGACAGGAGGUCCAGUGGUGGACUGCAGUCGCCUGUUCGACAAUGACUUACCUGAUGGCUGGGAAGAGAGGAGGACAGCCUCUGGAAGGAUACAGUACCUGAACCACAUCACACGUACCACGCAGUGGGAGAGACCUACCAGGCCAGCGUCGGAGUACUCCAGCCCAUCAGGGCGUCCGCUGAGCUGUGUGGUGGACGAGAACACGCCAGUGAUGACACCUGUUAAUGGGGCCGAGGCCAGCUGCCCACCGGGCGAACCGCGGAUCCAGGAGAGACGGGUUCGAUCGCAGCGGCAUCGUAACUACAUGAGUCGAACUCACCUGCAUACACCGCCUGACCUGCCUGAGGGUUAUGAGCAAAGAACAACUCAGCAGGGUCAAGUCUACUUCCUCCACACACAGACUGGAGUCAGCACCUGGCAUGACCCCCGGGUGCCCAGGGACCUAAGCAAUGUGAACUGUGAGGAGCUGGGCCCGCUGCCACCAGGCUGGGAGAUCAGAAACACAGCCACAGGUCGCGUCUACUUUGUCGACCACAACAAUCGAACAACGCAGUUCACAGACCCGCGACUAUCUGCUAACCUGCAUCUAGUACUCAACCCAAGUCCAAAUGGUUCCCGUGUGGCCAUGGACAGCCAAAACACUAACCUCAGUCAUCCUACUCAGUUAAAGGACCAGGGUGGUCCUGGGGUCCCUCAGCAAGCUCUGUCUCCUGCCCAGCUGCCUGAAGAGGCAGAGUGCCUGACGGUGCCCAAAUACAAGAGAGACCUGGUGCAGAAGCUGAAGAUCCUGCGGCAGGAACUUUCUCAGCAACAACCCCAGGCCGGCCACUGCCGCAUCGAGGUCUGCCGAGAGGAGAUAUUUGAGGAGUCGUACCGGCAGGUGAUGAAGAUGCGUCCAAAGGAUCUCUGGAAAAGACUGAUGAUCAAAUUCAGAGGAGAAGAGGGACUGGACUAUGGUGGGGUAGCAAGGGAAUGGUUAUACCUGCUCUCCCAUGAAAUGCUGAACCCCUACUACGGCCUGUUCCAGUAUUCCAGAGAUGACAUCUACACUCUACAGAUUAACCCCGACUCUGCUGUCAACCCGGAGCACCUGUCCUACUUCCACUUUGUGGGUCGUAUUAUGGGCAUGGCGGUGUUUCACGGCCACUACAUCGACGGAGGCUUCACUCUGCCCUUCUACAAACAGCUGCUGGGAAAAUCGAUCACGCUGGACGAUAUGGAGUCUGUCGACCCCGACCUCCACAACAGCCUUGUCUGGAUCCUGGACAAUGACAUCACUGGCGUCCUGGACCACACUUUCUGUGUAGAGCACAAUGCCUACGGAGAAAUCAUCCAACAUGAGCUCAAACCCAACGGCAAGAGUGUCCCCGUCACAGAGGACACCAAGAAGGAGUAUGUCAGGUUGUAUGUGAACUGGCGUUUCCUGCAUGGCAUUGAGGCUCAGUUUCUGGCUCUGCAGAAAGGCUUCAAUGAGGUUAUUCCUCAACACCUGCUUAAAUCCUUUGAUGAGAAAGAACUGGAGCUCAUAGUUUGUGGCCUGGGAAAGAUCGACAUCUCUGACUGGAAAUCCAACACGCGUCUGAAGCACUGCACCCCCGAAAGCAACAUCGUCAAGUGGUUUUGGAAAGCUGUGGAGUCGUUUGACGAGGAGAGGAGGGCCCGGCUACUGCAGUUUGUUACUGGCUCAUCCAGAGUCCCACUGCAAGGCUUCAAGGCUUUACAGGGUGCUGCGGGGCCCAGACUCUUCACCAUUCAUCAGAUCGAAGCUAACACCAACAAUCUUCCCAAAGCCCAUACCUGCUUUAAUCGGAUUGACAUUCCGCCCUACGAGAGUUAUGACAAGCUAUACGACAAGCUGCUGACUGCAAUCGAGGAGACCUGUGGCUUCGCAGUGGAAUGAGAGUUGUAAAGUGUGGAUUUGUGUGGACGUGUUUAACUGUGUGUGCAGGACUCUUGAUAGACUAUAAUUGUCACAGCAGCGUACCGAUGGCCUCUCUCAGAGCCUGAUGCGUGUGUUUUUGACCAGCCUGCAGGCUUCCUCUUUUUCUCACCGCUCUCCACAUUCUUCCCUCAUCAACGUCUUUAAACAGCUGCUAGAGAGUCAUAUCUUGUCCUUUUAUAUUCAUUUAUUUGUUUGGGUUUUUUUGUUUUGUUUUGGUGUUGUUUGUGUGAAAUCCCGAGAGCAAGUUAAGAGCUGUUAAAUUAAAAGCUGCUGCAGUUCUUUCAACAGCUGUGAGUUGUUGUGAGUGAGCAGCAGUUUGUCUUUUUACGGCUCCUUUUGCAUUCAGAAAAAGGAAACGGCACUGCCUGCUCAUCUUACUUUAAAUUAAAUCACACCAGGAAGCCGUGUAUCAACUUACAGUUUAACAUCUUACAAAAUUCUCCCAAGGCAUUUGAGAGCAGUGAGUCACUGUUUUGUUUUGCAUUUUAAACGGAUUGAAUUUAUCCUUGUCAUGCUACUGAACCUUUAGAACUGCAGGUAGCCAUAUCUUGCCCUUAGUAGCCUUGUUAACCUCAACAAUACACCUUCCAAUCCUAAUGGCUGCAGUUGGUGUGCUUUAUUUUGUAGGAGCACCACAAAUUCAUCCUACCUCGGUGUAGUGCUUUUAUAUUUGAAGGGUUUCAUUCAAAAAUGCUGUGUAUUGAUAGCUGAUUAAAUUAAAAUUCAGAAUUGAAUUUUUACAGCAAUGCUCCAUAAUUAGUCAGAUGUUCGUACCAGCAGUCAUUUUGCAAAUCUAAAACCAUAUCAUUUAAAUUGUAAAUAUAUAAUUUUGAAAUGGAACUCAUACAGACUGACGUGGAUGUGGGUCUGAUGUUUUUGUGGUAUUUUGAGUUAAGCUUGUGGUGAGUUGUUUAGAGAUGAGGGACGACGGACUCUGGUGAAAAAGAAGGUGGGAAACUUAUUAUUUUCCCUUAUUCACUGCAGUGUGGCCACAGCGCUUGUACAUGUAUGUUUCUGCAUGUGUAUACAUUUGUAUGCAAGGAUGGUAGACGGUUUAUAAACGAGUUCCCCAUCAUCUCUACUAGCACAGUAUCCUGUAUUUAAAGCUGCAGAGCUAACUUUU